AUGGCCCAGGGGCCAGGAAAACUCGCAAUUCAGCAGGACAAACCCAUCCACCAACUAUCCCCCGACACAGUCAUCGUAAAGACAGCCGCGGUUGCCAUCAACCCCGUCGACGCGAAGAUGCUCGGCUACAGCCCAGCUGCCGGCGCCAUCCUCGGCCACGACUUCGCCGGCACGGUCGUCGCCCUCGGCGGCAGGGUGGCAGGCAUGGUCCACGGCAUGAAUAAGCUGCGAAGGGAACGUAGGCCCGCACGCGGAUUUUCUGCUCAAGGUUCCCUAGCAUAUGAGUCUCGAGGAGGCCGCGUCGCUGGGGACCAAACUCGCCACCGCUACGCUGGCUCUCUUCAGGAACUGUGCGUGCCUGCAUCCCUAGAGCAGCUGCAUGAUCGUCCUUCUACCAUGCCCAAUGACAAGGACAAUGUCAAUGAGAAUCCCCCCGAAGCGAAAGGAAAGGGAGUUCGUCCUAGUGGCAGGCGGCAGCACGGCAACCGGCAUACGCGCCCUCCGGCUUGGGCGAUCCAGAUUCUCCCUCUGCGUGGAGUAGUCUUUCCCUGCCAUUGA